UUUAUUUUUAGAAGUACAUAAAAAAUGAGAAUAUGUGUUAAAUCGUUGUUGUUUUCAUAAAAUUUUAGAAAAAGAAAAGUACUCUGGUUAAAAGUUGAUGCAAUCAUGUUGGCUCCAGUCUUUUCUAUGAAACUAAACCAUAAGAUCUUUCCACGCAUGGCAGCAAUUGCAAAAUUUGAUGGCACUCAUCCAUGUCUUACUGCUGCAACAACUGCUGGAAAAGUGUUUAUACAUAAUCCACACAAACGUUUGGAUCGACUUGGUGGUCGUCUUGAACAAAACAAAACCAAUGCUGAUAUCAGUUUACUCAAUAUCAACCAACAAGUUAGCGCAUUAUGUUGUGGCUCUUUAGAUGACAGUCAACGAGACAUGUUGUUUGUUGGUACUCAAACUAAUUUGUUGGCUUACGAUGUGGAAAAUAAUUCAGACCUUUUCUAUAAAGAGGUUCCAGAUGGUGUAAAUUCUCUUCUUGUUGGAAAUGUGGGUACAAAUCCUACUCCAUUGGUUUUGGCUGGGGGUAAUUGCUCAAUUCAAGGAUUUGACUCAGAAGGAAGUGAUGAGUUUUGGACAGUGACAGGUGAUAAUGUUUGUUCAUUAGCUCUUGUUGAUUUUGAUAGUGAUGGUAACAAAGAACUACUUGUUGGUUCAGAAGACUUCGAUAUCCGAGUUUUUAAAGAUGAUGAGAUCAUUGCAGAAAUGACAGAAACAGAGGCUGUUACUUCACUGCAUGCAUUAUAUGGUAGCAGAUUUGGUUAUGCUCUAUCAAACGGUACAGUUGGAGUUUACGAUAGAAGUGCUCGUUACUGGAGGAUAAAAUCAAAAAAUCAAGCUGUAACCAUCCACAGUUUCGAUUUAGAUGGAGAUGGUGUACCAGAACUUGUGACUGGGUGGUCUAAUGGAAAGGUGGAUGCAAGAAGCGAUCGUACUGGAGAAGUUGUGUUCAAAGACAACUUGAGCACUGCUGUUUCAGCUGUUUUGGAUGCUGACUACCGAAUGGAUGGUAAAGACCAGUUGGUCGUUUGCUCGAUGGAUGGAGAAGUGAAGGGAUUUGUUCCCACGGUAUCCGAAAAUAAACAACCGGUCGUCGAUUUGACGGUACAACAAGAUGCAUUGCGAGAGCUGACUCAACGAAAGCAAAACCUGUUGCUCGAGAUAUCAAACUAUGAAGAAAAUAGCAGAGUGGCUGUUAAACUGGAAAGUGGUCAAAGUAUGCCGUCCAACUACGGCUUGAUACCAGCAAAUACACAGCUGCAGACAUCGUUACAUGUUGUGGCCGGCAGCGAAGAAUGCCCAGCUUACGUGGAAUUGACCGUCCGAACGACAAACGAGACUGUUGUACGAUGUGUGAUGAUCUUCGCUGAAGGUAUAUUUGAUGGUGAAAGUUUUGUCAUUCAUCCUCAACAAAACGAACUUUCAAACAUGCUUCAAAUACCCAUCUACCCACCUCGUGAUAUUCCUGUCGACCUGCAUAUCAAAGCUUUUGUGGGAUACAAAAACAGCCAACAAUACCACGUAUUUGAAUUAACGAGGCAGUUACCAAGAUUUUCACUGUAUGAGAUAUGUCCAGAAGGGUACACAGAACCGAAGUCCUUUGUCAAAUUUGAUGUCAACGAAAGAGUCAACAGGGUGGUGUUAUGGGCCAAUCAAAACUUUUUGCUCACGAACGAAAUCACCGCAACAGGAGGAGAACUGGACAUGAAAUUUUUAUCAGCUCGUACUCAACUACCAAUUCACAUCACCAUGUCAUCGCAGGGACAGGUAAUCAUUCGAACGGAUGAUAUCGGCUUGGCUGGUGAUAUUAUACAAAACUUAGCUUCAUUCUUGGCCAUAGAGGAAUUGCAAUCUCUGGCCGAAUUUCCAGACCAUAUGGAAGAAUUGAAAUCAACCUUAGUAAAGGUUGAUGAACUACACAAUGUGUGUAAGCAACUUACAGCUGAAAUGGCUGAUCACUCCAAUCUUAUUCGAAGUUUGGUCGUUCGAAGUGAAGACGCUGGAUUGCUUUUCGAUAUGAAAAAUAUGAAACGUAGUUAUAUGGAGCUGUUUGAUUUAAAUCGAGACUUGAUCAACGGUUACAAAAUACGUUGCACAAACCAUGAGGAGUUGUUGAAAUGUUUGAAAGUUGUCAAUCAGACUAUACAGAAAGCCGGAAACCUACGAGUUGGCAAAUCAAAAACACACGUCAUCUCUGCAUGUCGAAGCGCUAUCAAAACUAACGACGACGUCGCACUUAUCAAAAUCAUCCGACACGGAACGACAAGUAGUUGAGACACUGCACGGGAAUUUGGUUUCAUAAAAAGAAAUUUAACGUGAACAUACAGCCCGCUUGCAUCAAUAAAAUAGAAAAUUUUUAACAUGAUAAAAGAGUUUGUAUAUAGACGUUUUUUCUACGUUUUUUUGUGCAAUGAUGAGGGAAAUAAAUGAAAUUUCUCGUUUUGGAUGAAGUGCGCGAAUUAGUUCGGUGAGAAAAUUCAUCACUGUCAUCCAUAAAAUAUUGUAGUUUUUAAAAGCACUUUAGACAUUCGAAUGGCCAAUUUUUUUUAAAGUGUAUAAAUUUAAAACAACAUCGUCUUCGAGUAAAUAUGAUAUCUGUAGAUACUUUGUGAAUAACACGAAAUGAGAUUAUAUAUCAAAAUAUAUGUACGAGGUUUUUAAGUUUUUUUUCUUAUUUAUUAUUUAUAAUGGUCAAAUAAAUGUGUUUUUAAAACGUAUUGAACAUUUUUAUGUAAAUAACAUGUUUGUAGGCAUUCUGUAAAGCUUCUCUGA